AGAGGGGAAGAGGAGGAGGAGAGAGGAGAGGAGGAGGAGGAGAGAGGAGAGGAGGAGAGAGGGGAAGAGGAGGAGGAGAGAGAAGAGGAGGAUAAGGAGAGAGGAGAGGAUAAGAGAGGGGAGGGGCCCGGAUACAAGGUGGAGGAUCUCUUUCCUGAGGAGGCCGAUGACAGCCCCGCCCAGUCUGACGUUCCACGGCCUCCAUCCAUCCUGGAUCAGCCAAUCAGAGACGAGGUAAUGUCCGACGCCUCAACGGGCUCGGGUCACGACCCCGACCACGACCUCAGCGACUGCCUCCAGGUGCAGUUUGCGGUCGUGUCGUCCGACAGCGACUUCGACGACCAAGGGAAAACCGUUGCCUGCACCGGCAACAAGGAAGAGGGCGAGGAAGGGGCGGUGGAGGCGGGAAUCCAAGAUGGCGGCAGCGACGCGGAUCCGCCCCUCGUCCUGGAACAGCCGUCCAGCCCCCCUCCGGCCCGCCAGCUCCAGACCUCCAGCCCCCAGGCCCCCAGCCUGGGUCUGAUCCCCGAGGACGAGGAGGGCUGCCUGGGCAACGUCUCCAGCCGAGCCCCUGUCCUCCGCUCUCCCUCCGCCUCCUCCUCCACCUCCGACCCUGACCGCAGGGUUCCCCAGGACUACUGCGUCCUGCAGGAGAACGUCAGCGAGAACGUCAGCGAGGAACACGUGGACUUCCUGAGCGCUCGGCAGCAGUGGCGCCAGAUGGAGGAGCAGGUCAAAGGUCAGGUCCUCCCCCAGCCUGGGGUCAGGGUGGGGUCAGGGGUCGCCCAGGGAGGUCACAGCUUCCUGCCCUUAAGGAGCGUUGAGCACCCACGCCGGGAAGCGGACCUGGGAGGGGACGGCCUGCACCACGCCACGUUCAGCCCAUGUUCGGAGGACUCUGGCGUGGACGAGCUGAGCGGACGCUCCCCCUACGAGGAGCCGGAGAACCAGGUGGAGAGAGAGAUCCGCCUCACUCUGGAGAGGGAAGAGAACUUCCGCCGGGAGAGGAUCCAGGGACAGACCAGGCCCAGACCCUCCACCCUGCACCCCCACGCCCAUCCCGACGACCGCAGGAGGGCCGCCCCCAGCCCCGGCACCCCCACCUUCUCCAUCUCCCCCUCCCCCUCCUCCCCCCGCCCCGUCUACCACGAGAUGUCAGCCAACAACGUCAUCAUCCUGGAGCCCGACUCCUCCCCCUUCCCCGCCCGCACCCGCCCUCACGGCCUCCCCCUCCUCUCCCCAAGCCACGCCCCCCCGCACUUCAAUGAUUGGUCCCCGAACAUCGACCCGUCCAGCAUCAUCAUCCUGGAGACGUCCAAUCUGAUCAUCCGGAGUGCGUCGGAGUUCUGCCUGAGCUCCGCGGGGCUGGGCGUGGCGGGCGGGGAGACGGUGCAGGAGAGCACGUUCAGCUCUAACCCCUUCUUCAAGCUGCGCUCGCGGAGCAGCAUGUCGCUGGUGGAGCAGGAGAUCCGGGCCGUGAGGCAGCGGGAGGAGGACUGGAGGAGGCAGCGAGCUCAGCUACAGCUGCCGGGCACCAGGGAGAGAUACGACACCGUGCUGGUCUCACCCAGCCUGCUGGAGGGGCUGGGCUAUGACCGCGGGGAGGUGCCGGUGAGGUGUGUGUCCUCCCCCUCCUCCCCCUCCAGGGUUCGCAAGAUGGACCGCUCCACCUUGUCAUGUGACCACAGGUUCCCUUCCUCGCUGUCCUGCUCCGCCUCCUCCACCUCCUCCACCUCCUCCCCUGCUUUCGCCGUCUCUCGCCGACAGAGCGCCUUGGCCCAGCGCUGGGAGGCCAGCCUGCUGGCCAAUCACAGCAAGGACUGAGGGGCAACUCUGGACCGACGGGCCAAUCAACAACCGGCUAGCGAGAACAGCUGAUGACCUUAUGGCCUGGUCCUUCUGAAACAUGCACCUGUGACACAUUAGGUCUGGGGAGAUUACCGGGGUAACAUCUGAAAGGUCGGCCAUGUUGCUUUUGCCUGUCCAGUUGACUCAGAGGCUGUUUAUCAAUCCACGUUCUUUUCCGUUCUUGUGUUCUCGUGAACUUGUUUGACGUCAUCUUUCAAGGCCAAGAAUUGUUCCAAUCCAGAGAACGCAACUGACCAAGAAUGCCUAAAAUGCCCGGAUGUCGAUCCACCACUCCAGGAUGCACUCCAUCUUGCGAGACCAUUCUCAUCAAGAACAUUCUUCUCAAGUACACAAGUACGUUCUUCGGAUUGAUAAACUGAUAUGUGCUUGGGGUCAGGGGUCAUGGGGGUCAGGGGUCAUAGGGGUCAUAGGGGUCAGGAUCUGGGAGAUCCUGGUUGGAGGAUGAAUGAGGACUAGCCAACAGCUUCUUUUAUUGCCAAUACUUCCUGCACUUUUCUAGAUGUUACGUUUUUACUAUUGAUACAACUUGAAUUUACUGUACUGAAUACAUAUAAAUAUAUAAUAUAUUGAUGACUGCAAUAUUUAUAGUGAAACAAGGUUGACGAAGGACGUUAUUUACACCACUUGACUACUGACAGAUCCCAAUAACUCUCUGGAUUUUGAAAGACUUCUGAUUGCUGAUGUGAAUGUGCUGACAAUACUGUCUUGUGAAGAUUUGUACCUAUUUUAUGUACCGUAUUGAUUCAAUGAAGGGGAAAAUAUAUUUAUGGUAUUUUCGUAUUUAAUCUAAGCAUAGACUCUGUGAUAAAGGUCAUGAUGAUGUUGUGGUGUAAACAAUGUGUCUGGUGUUGGAAGGCGCAGCUGAUCUCAGUGAAAUAAGAUGUUUUGAUGACAUGGUAAUGUUACACUCAACAGAUUAAAAUAAUCCCAGGUUAUAACCAAAUGGUUCCAGAAAUACAAAGUACUGUAGGAAUUAUUUGGUUUAAUAUAGGGUUAUUAAAAUCCCUGAUUUGGGCAUAUGACACAUUACUAAAAUAUAUUCCUAUAUUUUUGGUGUGUUUUGACAUGUUUAUAUAAGUAAUAAUGAAUCCUCAACAUUGUUUUAGUAGCUGCAUUAGAGUCAGCCAGGCCAAAUACUUUAAAAUACCAAGACUUGGAGUGCCCUUGAUUUAUGGUACCUCCUAAAUUGUACCCAACACGCAUGCACCCCAUUGACCACAUCAAGUGCACCAAGAACAUGUGACCCAUAAGUGUCACCCAAGGAUCAAAUCAAACACACCUUAACUCGUUGUCAUUUACACUGCCCUGCUAUUAUCUUGGGGCGCUCUUGAUUUAGGUUACCUAUUACAAUUAACCCAACGGCUCAGUCCUAUAAGUGUCAACCGAGAGUCAAAUCAAAUUCACUUUAACUUCAUUACACAGGUCAGUGUAAUCUGCCCUGAUCUGCUAUUGGCUCGCAGGGUCGAAGGCCUGGUUGAUUGACCACAUCCUUGUAGCUUUGCUGGCUUGUUUGCUGUUUUCAGCCAGUCUGGUUCAGCUCCUAUGUAUUAAUAUUAUUAUUAUUGUUUUACAGUAUUAUUACGUUUACGAUUUUCAGUUUGUUUUGGUGUUCAGUUGUUUCAUGACGAUUCUAUUUUUCGUUUGUAGUUUUCAUCGUUUGCAGUGGAAGAAUACUUUUGCGAAAUGAAUUAAAGUUGACAAUAUUGAAA